CAUCACUAACACGAAAAAGCCUAAACAGCUUUUGGCAGUCGCUGGGUCUCAGCAGAAGAGAAGCAUCAAGCAUCACAGACUUGCAUGCUGCUGUGAGGAUCUAUUACAGAGAAAAAAUUAGGAGAGUGGCCAUACUCCUGUCUGAAAGGAAGGAGAGCUGAGAGCACUGAGGACUGGGUGCAGAACCCUCUGAAGUAAGAAAGAUGUUGAGGAAGACGAAGGAAACUGAACAAACUGCCGUUGGGCAGGCACCAAGUGCAGAAGCUGAAAAACCUGCUGGUGAGCCAGCGCCGGGUACGGACGCCGAAAAGCCGGCUGGUGAGCCAGCGCCGGGUACAGAAGCUGAAAAACCUGCCCCAGAGCCAGUGCCGGGCAUCAAGAAGAAGUCAAAAGUGCCCGGAGUCAUGAUCACGCAGUUUGUGGAGCAACUUCCUGACGGAAAGACGACUCCAGAUUUUACCCGGAAACCCAUAGCUAUAACCAUUCAAGAGGGUAAAUCAGCCGUCUUUAAAUCCAUCGUGGUCGGCGAUCCCACACCUACUGUAACGUGGAGCAGAGCCAAUGGAGAAAUGUUUUUUCAUCCUGAUGUUUGCAUCCAAAAAUAUGACGCGGCAACGCAGGAGCAUAGGCUUGAGUUUCCAAAGGUGGCUCCAGAAGAUGCUGACACCUACAAGUGUUACGCAGCAAAUAAAUAUGGGAGAGCAGUUUGUACCGUUGUUCUGAAUGUUAUUGAGGUGGGAUUCUCCAAAACAAAGGAGCUCCAAAAGACACUAGGAGAAGACAUGACAGACUUAAGAAAAAAGCUUAAAACACGUAAUCCAGAUGGAACACGGGAGGGAAAGCCGAUGGAAGCAGGUGAAAAGGUUUGGGAAAUCCUGCUUAGUGCAGAAAAGAAAGAUUACGAGAAGAUCUGUGCCGAGUUCGGCAUCACUGACUUCCGUGGGAUGCUGAAGAAACUUACUGAAAUGAAAAAGGAGCGAGAGGAGGAGAUUGCACAGUUCAUCACACAUAUCAGGAACCUAAAACCCAUUGAGGUCAAAGAUGAUGACUGUGCAACUAUUGAGUUAGACAUGGACCUCAUGGACCAGAGCAGUAAAAUAUUUCUGUACAAGGAUGGUGUCAUGGUUCCAUUCACCAAAGAAGAGGGUGAAGGAAUGAAGCACAGUUUAAAGCAAGUGGGCAAAAAGUACAUUUUCACGAUUAAAAACCUGGGGAAGGACGACGGUGGGCUGUACUCAGUGGAUGUUGAGGGAGUCAAUGUGUUCUCCACAGAUUUUAAAGUGCAAGAUGUUGACUUUGCUGUUAAAAUACAAGAGGUCAAAGCAGAAGAAAGACAGGACGCCCUUUUUCAAUGUGUUCUCACUACACCGAUGAAUGAGGUCAAAUGGUAUGGGAAAAGUGCACUGCUGUCAAACAGUGGGAAACAUGAGAUCAUAGUAUCUGAAGAUAAGCUCAUCCACAAGCUGAUUGUGAAGGACUGUUUGCCUUUGGAUGCUGGUAUCUAUGCCGCUGUGGCAGGAAUCAAGUCCUGCAAUGCGUGGCUUAUUGUUGAAACUGACAAAAAUGCUGACAAAAAAGCUAAGAAGACGGCUCGGAAAACGACCAUUGCUGGCGCCGGCAAUGAUGAGGAACUUUUGAGAGUAGCCAAAGAACAACAAGAAAGGUAUCAGAAGGAAAUGGAGGAGAAAAUGGAACUUGCCAAAAAAGCUCAAGCAGAGAAGGAAGCGGCAGAAGAAGCUGCUCGAGCUGAAAAAGAAGCAGCCAAAAAGGCAGCAGCUGAGGCCAAAGCUGCUGCAAAAGCUGCUGCAAAAGCUGCAGCCAGAGAGGCUGCAAAGGCAAAAAGAGCUGCUGCUGCUGGCAAAGAUGGAACCAUAAAAAAAACAAAGAAAACAGGAGAUGUUGCUGCUGCUGGUGUAGGUGGCAAGAGUGGUGCUGCAGGGGCUGGUGCAGGAGGUGCUACAGGUGGAGCUGCAAAAGCUGGUGCAGGAGGUGCUGCAGGUGGACCUGCAGGGGCUGGUGCAGGAGGUGCUACAGGUGGAGCUGCAAAAGCUGGUGCAGGAGGUGCUGCAGGUGGACCUGCAGGGGCUGGUGCAGGAGGUGCUGCAGGGGCUGGUGCAGGAGGUGCUGCAGGUGGAGCUGCAGGGGCUGGUGCAGGAGGUGCUGAACACAGAGGUGGUACUGCAGCUGAAGGUAAAGGAGGACUCAAAGAUGUUACACCUGGGGGUGAAGCUGAAGGUGCCGAGGGUGAAGACUGGGAAGAAGAUUUUGAUGAAGAUGAGGAUUUUUUUGAUGAUUCAGAUGGAGAAGCAGAGGAAGAAGGGGGAGAUGGGGGAGAUGGGGGAGGGGGGCACAGAGAAGGAGGUAUGGGAGAGGCAGGAGAAGGUGGAGGAAAGGAAGGGGAUGGAGGAAAAAGCAAGAAACGAAUAAGGGCUGGUCCGCUGGUCCCAGACACAAUUAUAGACCCAGGGGUUCACUUCCAAGCUGGCCUCUCUGACUGCAAAGCUGUUAUUGGAGAAGCAGCAGAGCUGGAGUGUAAAGUUAGCAAAGAAGACUGUGCAGGGAUCUGGUACAAAGAUGGAGCUGAGAUUAAAUCAUCUGAGAAUCUGACUAUUUCAAAGGACGGAUGUUUCCACAGACUGAAAAUUCUCAAAAUCACAGAGGAAGAUGCUGGGAAAUAUAAGUUUGAAGCAGAUGGACGAAAGACAGAGGCUGAAAUUGCUGUUGAGGAUCCGCCUCGAUUCAUUGCAGAGGAGUUAGAAGCAUUUAAAAAUCCUGUUACCGUGAAAAAGGGACAUAAGGCUACUUUCAAUGUGAGUUUCAUUGGGCGAGAGCCUAUAAAAGUCCAGUGGUACAAUGAAGGGGAAGAACUCGCAGAUGAAGGCAACACCAAGAUUGAGACCUCAGAAGGGAGCACACGCUUGCUUUUGCUGAAGCUUCAGCGUAAAGACAGUGGUGAAAUCAAGAUAAAACUCAAAAACGAGUUUGGUACUGCUGAAGCCAUCAGCCAACUUAAUGUGCUGGAUAAACCAACACCUCCAAUGGGACCUUUGGAGAUAGUUGAAGCCAGUUCUUCUGUAAUUGACUUCAAGUGGAGACCACCAAAAGAUAGUGGUGGCUGCAAGAUACAACACUAUAUUCUUGAACGACAGCAAAUUGGCCGAAACACCUGGAAGAAGGUGGGGCCUAUUGGUCCGGUCGCCCAAUACCGGGACAGUGACGUGGAUCAUGGCCGUAGAUACUGCUAUCGUAUCAAGGUGGAGACUGAAAUGGGCACUAGUGAUCUGAUGGAAACAGAGGACAUUCAAGCUGGGACAAAAGCAUACCCUGCACCUCCAUCAGCACCAAAGGUUGUCAGUGUCUUUAAAGACUGCAUCAACGUCACCUGGUCUCCUCCUUCUGACACCGGUGGAACCAGUAUCCUGGGAUACAACCUUGAAAAACGCAAGAAGGGCAGCAACCUCUGGGGCCUAGUCAACCCACCAAAUGAGAUGAUCAAAGGCAGUAAAUGUGCUGUUAAGGAUGUGGUUGAAGGCAUGGAAUACGAGUUCCGUGUCUCUGCAAUCAACAACUCAGGAGCCGGUGAAUACAGCACACCAUCCGAGUUUGUGUUUGCCAGAGACCCUAAAAAGCCUCCUGGUAAAGUGCUUGACUUGAAAGUGACAGAUUCCACCUACACAACCCUGUCACUGUCUUGGACCAAACCCAAGGAUAUUAAGGGGGUUGAAGACGAAGCAAAAGGAUAUUUUGUGGAGAUCAGACCUGCAGAAAAUACAGACUGGGAUCGAUGCAACUCUAAUGCAAUAACCAUGACAACAUAUACAGUAAAGGGCAUGAAGUCCAUGGCCAUGUACUGGGUGAGAGUCAUUGCUUCUAAUGAUGGCGGACAGGGAGAGCCUCAGGAACUAAGCAAUUACAUUCUUGCCAUGCCCCCUCCUGUGAGGCCACGUUUUACUGACGCCAAGAUCAAGAGCUUUAUGAUUGUGAGAGCAGGAAAUUCUGCACGAGUCAACAUUAACUUUGAGGCGUCACCUUGGCCAGAUGUGAUCUGGCUAAAAGACGGGUGCCCCGUGUCUAAAAAGGUGACCAUCAGUACAUCCGAGGGUACCUCUCAGCUUCUGAUUACUUCAGCUGAGCGUUCAGACACAGGAAUUUACACGAUCAUAGUCAAGAACAUUGUGGGUCAAGAAAUGUUCAGUAUUGAAAUUCGAGUCACGGAUGAGCCCAAGCCUCCAGGUCCGGUGGAGCUCGAUGAAAACGUGCCCGGCACCGUGACCAUUUCAUGGGCCGCGUCUCCUGAUGAGAAGCGAGAUGACAGGCUUCACUACAUGGUGACAAAACGUGACUCGGUCAAAAAAACCUGGCAUGUUGUGGCCGAUCGAAUCUUCAACAAUAAAUUUACAGCCUGCAACAUCAUGCCGGGCCGAGAAUACAAGUUCAGAGUUUAUGCAAAGAAUGACAUGGGCUCCUCGAACCCUUCAGAGUCACCAAAAUGGCUGAUUCCUGCUAAAAAAGAAAGAUUUACAGUGAAAAUGCCCGACUCAAAGGUCUGCGAUCUACAGUGUCCUCCCAAGUUCCUCGUCCCACUAAAAUUGCACACCGCCCCUCAAGGAUAUGAGUGCUACAUGACGUGUGCUGUGAAGGGAGACCCUAAACCUCAUGUGACGUGGCUCAGAAACAACAUCAGCCUUAAUACCAACACUAACUACUUCAUCUCCAACACCUGUGGAGUCUGUUCUCUGCUUAUACUGAGAGUCGGAGCCAAAGACACUGGGGAGUACAAGGUUGUUGCGGAAAGCCCACUGGGAAGGGCAGAGAGUUCAACUAAACUCUCAGUCAGAGAAUAAGUUUAACAGGAGAGCAAAACACAAGGAAUCUGCACAUCUUUCACAGCAAACGAAGAAAAAUUAUUAAUGUAACUGGUGCAAAUUUACAUUUCAAGUUAAAUAUUUGUUUAUGAACUGCAAAGGGUUUAGAUAAAGUCACAGUUUGUGCAUUGACACUUAAACAAUUAAACUGAUGCCAACUUGAUAUUGUGCUAUUUCAUCAAAAUAAAAGCUUGAUAACCAGUUUGAAGGUUUAACGGUUCACAUGGAAAAAUAGAAAAUGUUUGCUUGUUAGUAUGCCAUAGUAUUUUCUUAAAUAUGUUAGUGGGUAAACGGGAUUUUUGCAAAAUGUGGUGAAAUUGUUACAAUGCAUGGGGAGAGUGAUUUUGUUUGUGUAAGAAGCGUCAACCCUCCCUCCUAAACAUCCAAUGGACAUCUUACAGUGACUCCUCAGUGGGAAAAGCAUCCCCACGUGGCCAGAUUGAGAAAGUUCUGGAUUUUGUUUAGCAUUUUUGAUCAAACUGCUUUUGUUAUAUUUAUAACUGUUCGCAGGCUCAUUUUGGUUUCACAUUACCAUCAUCGUGUAGCAAUGUUUAAGUGAUCGUAUUUGAAAUUCAAAAAAUACUCAUCAUUGUUUGCGUGCAUUGGCAAAUUUGUGUGGGUUUCAGCUGCAUAAAUAAAUGUUUAAAACUGCA